AUGGAUCUUUUCUCUCUUGCAGGCAGAACCGCCCUGGUCACAGGCGGCACCCGUGGCAUCGGUCAGGCUAUGGCCUUUGCACUGGCUGAAGCGGGCGCGGACAUCGUCCUCGUCCAGCGAGACACGAGCAAUCAAAGCACAAAAGAAAAGAUUGAGGAACUCGGUCGGAAAGCCACCAUCUAUACUGCCGACCUUGCUUCGCAAGCCUCGGUUUCCUCGCUUGUCCUAACCGUUAUCCAUGACGGCCACGAUGUUGACAUCCUCUUGAAUUGUGCAGGGAUUCAGCGGCGACACCCAAGCCUCCUUUUUCCACAAGAAGACUGGGAUGAGGUUCUACAAGUCAAUUUGACCACUGUGUUUACGCUGUGUCGUGAUAUUGGAGCACACAUGCUCACGCGUAGCCCUAACUGGUCGGGCCAGCGCGGCAGCAUCAUCAACGUUGCCUCGCUCGUCUCGUUCCAGGGUGGACUGACGGUGCCAGCAUACGCUGCGGCCAAAGGCGGCGUGGCCCAACUCACCAAGGCCUUAUCCAACGAAUGGGCCUCCAAAGGAAUCAACGUCAAUGCCAUUGCCCCGGGAUACGUGGCGACCGACAUGAACACGGCGUUGCUCCAAGACCAAGAUCGCGCCGCAAGUAUUUUGGCGCGGAUUCCUGCAGGGCGAUGGGGGAAUCCGGACGACUUCAAGGGGUCGGUAGUGUAUCUGGCUAGCCGAGCAAGUGCGUAUGUGAGCGGCGAAGUGUUGACGGUGGAUGGCGGGUGGAUGGGGCGAUGA